AUGGGGUCUGAGAUUAAAGUCUCGUAUACGAGCUCGAGCGAGUUCUAUGCCAGAGAUAAGAGGGCAGGCCGGCCGUGGAUUUCGCACCUCCCCUUCCCGGUCCAUUGCGUUGAGAGCAUGCAGACAGAACUACGCCAUGCCAAAGAGGACUUCUACUUCUUUCGCCGAUCUAGAGCUCAGUGGGACACAGAUCCGGCUCCGACUGAGACCAUCUACACGCAUGACAUGAAUAGGUUGUUGGUGCAGAGCGUCAAAGAUCCAUACGGUAAUAUUGUCUCUGUUGGUGAGCAAGACAAGGACCCGGCCAAGUGCCUAGUGCGAAACGGACAUGACUAUCGACUCCUGGUUCCUUUCGUCGCCGUGGAUGAAAACAUGAACCGAAGUGAGGUCGUCUUCGAUCUUCUUGGCCAAGUCACGGUCACUGCAGUGAGCGGAAAGCCUGAGGCUCAUGAAGGCGACGAUGUUGGCGGGUCAAGGCCUGACCUGUCAGAGAAAGCUGUCAAGUCGUUCUUCCAGGCACCACUGCUCCAUGCGUCGGACCUGCUGAGCACGGCCACGUCCCGGGUUGCCCUACAGGCGUGGGACACGACGGAUACCGUCCUGAUCAACGACCCGGCGCAGGACCCGGAUGUGGGUGGUUUUAUAGCGCAACUGCCACGGCACGAGUACUUGACCAUAUGGUAUGAACAGCGCAAGGACAAUCAGCUCGGCGCGGAGGAGGCUGCCGCUGAGCGGGCGUCGGCCCACAGUGCGGGCACCCCGUCCCUGUCAUUCAGCGACGCCAUGGGCCGCGAGUGCGUUCGAUUUGAGAUUCUUCGGCCUUCAAUGUCAGCAACCAACCAGACAGUGGUAACCAAUGACGUAGUUCUACGCCAGGCGAGCUUUCCCGACAUCCAGGGCCCGCCUUACAAAGCCAUCGGCACGCUGGGCCGGACCGCCAACCGCAUGCGCUAUUGCUUCGCGAGGCAGGUGGCCCAUGAGCAGAGCAUGGACACGGGCGACAAGUGGUCGAUCAAGGCCGCCGACGGGAGCAUGCUGCGCACGUGA